AUGGCGACGACGGGAGGCCUCGUCCGACUCGGGACUACGGGGUACGGGACGUAUGUUGGGAAUGAGGACGAUGAACAGCUAACUACGAUGGGCAGUGUCGGCCCUAAAAAGAAGGGGAGUGUCGCCCACCGAGGAUCCUUCUACGGCCGUCUGGGAACAAAAACAACCGACGCGGAACCGGAGGCCUCCAUUUCGAAAUCUGACACAGGGAAGGCACCCGAGGCCAUGAAGCAAAUGCGCGUUCAGCUCUACUAUGAUGAGGAUGCGUACCCCGCCGGCGUCGAACUCGAUUUGUUCGCUUUGCUGUAUGACAAGGAAUGCAAGUAUCUUGACUGCGUGUUUUACCGGAACACGGAGGGGGCGAACGGCGCAUUCUCUUUGAAUGUCGCUACCAAUUCCCUGGCUAUGGAUUUGACGCGCAUUCCGGAAGAGUGCUCCACCAUCGUUCUGGCUGCGGCUGUUUACACACUGGGCCUUUCUCUGCCUGAACUGGAACGAGGCCGCAUUCAGAUAUGCGGCGGCUUUAUGGGGCCGACUGUGAAAGACAUCGUCCUCGGAGGUCUACAACCGCCGCCGGAUGUUGCCAGUGCCUCCGGACUUGUGUAUUUUGCAAUUGGAGAGAGGAACGGGCAGUGGUACUACAAGGAUGCGCAAAUGUUCACAAGUCCAAGCCUUGACGCCAUUAUGCGUCCUGCCAAGGAGCUGGCCACCAGACUGGACACGGAGAUGAAACGACCACAGAUUUAUGGCCUCCAGAAACUCGACAUGUUACUCCAAGCGGCAAACGCGCCGAACCGAGCACUCUCCGUGGCCUCUGAGAUCAGCGACUCGCUGCGCGCCGACAGUCAUUCGCGACUUUUUGGCGAUUCAGUCGCAGAUUCUCUCACUCGAGCCAACACUGUGCGCCGGCGGAUCGCUGCGCUCAAGCAGUCCAUUUCUUCUCAAGACAGUCUACUGGACUCUGCAAAAUGUGGCGUGGACGAGGUUUUCCGGCGGAGACUCAACGGACGCCUGAGCGAUAUUGAGGAACGCCAAAAUAUCUUGGAAGAGACUUUGAACAAAGUCAUUGCCCGGCUAGACUACCUGUACGCCUUUUUGGAAGUCGACGAAGAUCACUGA